UAUCUCCAGCACUAAAAACUGCACCGUUUUAUUCCUUCCUAAACCGCUGAACACUCUUCCUUUGUUGGGUUUUCUCGCGCAGAUCGAGCUCGAGGUUGAUUGCACCAUGCAUGAUUUUUCAAUCCAGAUUAGUUCCAACCUUAUCAACCGGCUUACUGAAGAUGAUGAGAAACUGAAGAAAAGAACAAAGAAAACUAAACCCCGAGUGCCUCGAGAGCCUCGACAACCACAAACAAAGGUAGAUCAGAAGCAAAUACCUGAUGAUUCUGAAAAACAGAACAAGACUACAGGCUCAGGAUGGCCAGUUCCACCUCCUAUGUUUCUACCGUUAAACCAACCUCCUUACUCUGCAACUGCAGAGUUAGAAGCGAUUCAAUCUGUCGUUAAAGAGAGUGAAAAUGUUGUUGAGAAGUUGCGGAAGCAGGAGGACAAAAUGGUGCAAGAAGUAACCCAAAGAGCUAAGGAUCUCCAUGAGAAAGAGUUCAAGAUUCCAGAACAGAAACCUAUGCCUUGUUUAGUUGAGAACAAUGCUUGCAUGGAAUGCUACAAGGAGAAUGUCAAAGACGUUACCAAAUGCGCUCCUCUUGCUCAAAAAUACGCGGAUUGUGCUCGCCGAGUUCGGCAGCUAGUGAAAUCAUCUGGUAAGUAAAGACUCUGAUAGUGACUAAUUUUCAUGUCAUGCAAAGAGUGAAAUCCAUUUUGCCAGUUUGAGUGAAACUUGAAUUUUGACAAUGCAAAUAAAGUUGUAGAAAACAAAAACAACUAAAUUGUUCAUCACCCUUACUGGGUUACAUUUUGUGCCCUUUGGCCUUUUGUCUUCUGAUUUUGUUAUAAUCUUGCGUUUCUCUUUAAACUCUUUGUUAAUUCAAAUAAUUCAAAAGUGACAUGAUUUCCACCA